GCGGAGUUCCUCUGGCCGUGCGUGCUGUUCGUCAUCCUGACAGCCCUUCGUUUCCAAGAGCCGCCCCGGCACAGAGACACCUGUUACCUGCAGCCCCGGGACCUGCCCAGCCGGGGUGUCCUCCCUUUCCUGCGGGGCCUCCUCUGCAACACCGGGGCGCGGUGCCGGAACACGAGCCGCCCGGGGCCCACCCAGCGCCAUUUCAGAGAAGAAGAGUUCCGAGCCACAGCUGUCCCUAACAAGAUCCAUGACCUGGUCUUCUUACAAGAGAUGCAGGACCUGGCGGAUGGCCUGCGUGAAGUGAUGGACGAGGCAACAAACUUAAAACAGCUCUGGGCAGAACGAGGUUCUUACGGCUCCAGCUUAUUAACAGUGGAUCUCAAUAAGACCGAGGAGGUGAUCUUGGCACUGGAAAGCCUUCAGCAGCAGCCCCAAGUCUGGGACUUCCUGCUUUUACUGCCCAGACUGUUCGCAGGCCACGUCCCCGCUGACGAUGGCCUCCGCGGUGCGGCAUGCCCCCUGCAGGCUGUCUUGAAUACACGGCUGGGAAUCGAACCUGGACGUGUAAAGUCCAUGCACUUGUGCCAGCCACCGGCUCACGGUGCUUUGCUUUUGUUUGGUUCCAGUUCCUUAACGGCUCUGGAAGAGCUAGAUUGGCUGCCACUCAACCCUGCCACCUCCAGGGUUUCCAAAAUGGUGCUGAAGGCGACCAUUUCUGCGCUGGCGUUCCCGCAGGUUCACGGAGCAGCAGCUGCUGAGUCGGGGCGCAGCCUGUCCCUGCGCAGCCUGCUGCGGGCCCCGCAGGAGGUUCGGGCGGACCUGCAGUCCCGAUUUGGAUUUGAUGACCUUCAUGCGGAACAAAUCCUGAAUCACUCAGCCGAGCUGAAAGAGAUUCCCACAGACAGCUCACUGGAGCGGAUGGUGUGCUCAGCCUUGUCCCAGGCCUUCGCGGACGAAGCUGACGGAGAGGGUCACCCUGGAGACUGUCACACCCGCUGGGCAGCAGCCAAAACCUACCUGGUCCAUGCGGUCAGCUGGCUGCAGGUCUACAAACAGGUGCUCCAUCGGUGGCCGGCGGGCGGCCCUCUGCGGCAGGUGCUCAUAGGGGCGGGCCUCGGCCAGGAGGCACCCAGGAGCCUGGCGGGGGGAGAAGGCACCCUGCAAGAGGUGGCGGAAGCUUUGCAGAUGGGGCUGCUUCUGCUGACAGGCAGCAAGACAACAGAGGAACCCGGCAGCCACGCACCUCCAGAGGCGGUCUUAAAUUUCAGCAGGGAACAUCUCAUGAAGAAAAAGAAGUUGGAUGCCCUUACGGGUGAACAACUGAACUUUCUUUUGUCCUUGGUGGAAUUUUUGGAGAAAUUGUUGUUGCCUAACCUUUUGGACUCAUCCAGCAGUCCCACGAAGACUAUUCUAAAUGCAACUCAUUCCUGGAUAAAUCACUCAAAGGAUUUAGGAAGAGAACCAUCUGGUAUUGAUACUCAUAAACUUUUGGAAUUUGGCCAAGAGGUGAUUGAAAAAGUGCACACUCUUGAAAAGAUGGAAUCAAGCUAUGUUUUGAGAUUUAUGGAAGCAGUACUUUCUGAAAUUAACCCCAAGUUCCUGGAAUUGUGGACAUACAGCAUUUCCAAAGGAAAGAGAACUAAAUUCGAAAACUUGUCUACACUUUCAAAUUUUUCUAUUCUAGGAAAUGAGAGGAUUCUUAGUAAAAGCUUUAAUUUUUCCAAGUUGUUUCGCUUGGAUUGGCCUGAAUUACCAGCUGUGAAAAUGGAUUUUGUUCAUCUAAGUGAAUCUAUAAUCCACCGUCUCUACGAACUUGGAUUCCUGAGGCAGGAGCAAGUCUCAGAUGUUUAUGACUUCACAGUCCUUCAGGGCAUAGGUAUUUCUCAUGUCACCAAGGAAGACUUUAUGUUUGUGAUGAAAACUCUCCUGGACACCAUUGAAUUAGUAUCAGAUAAGCCAGGGGUUCUUGCCAAGGUUGUAACUUGCCUUCCUGUGGUUUGGUGCCGGAAUCACACAAUAUCUGGAUUUCAGCAGAAUCCAGAGUUAGAAGCCUGUAAUGGCCACUUCUACAGCAAAAUGGCUAGUAUACUUGACCACCUCCAACUGUCUCCCCCAGGUGAAGUGUCACAAUGUUCAAAUGAAAGCUCCCGGAUGGAAAUUACUAAGAAAAUGGUCUGUGUAAUUCAUGAGCUAGUGGACUGGAGCUCCAUUCUUCUAGAGCUGUCGGAAAUCUUCCACAUUAACGCCUCGCUUAUGAAAACUGUGCAAGAAUUUAGGCAGAAGGUGUUUUCAUUUGUCCUAUCUGGAAAUCAGAGCAAAGAUAGCACCUCUUCACUCUGUCCCCCUGUUCUCAUAAAACACGUUGCUUUACAAAUCAUAGAAAAAUUUAGAAACGUCAGCUUUACAAAAGCUUCAUCAGAUGAAAACAUUCUUGAUAAAUUAGCUCUUUUAAACAGGAUCCUUAACAAUGAAGGUGCAGAGGCAUCACCUGGGAAUCUUUCCUUAAGUUGGGGAAGGAUGAUAAAAUCACUUUCUGGGGAUGAGAGCCUAGAAAAUAGAACUCGCUCUGUAGUCUCUCUACUCAUGAUGUUUUUGGAUGCAAACCUCCUAAGAGGGAAUUUUGAAGCACUAUCAAGUUUUAUUAAAGGGAGUAAAACAGCUUACAACUUUGUAGAUCUGUGGCUUGAGUCUGAGCAAGCCAUGAAAGAUCCAAACCUGAAUAGACGAGCCCUGUUCUCUAAAAUUAAUGAAGAGAUUCCAAUGAUUAACUCAAUGGCUCUUCAAAAAAUGACCAUGCAACUUGUCCAUAUUUUGGAAAGCCUGAAUUCAUCAUUGUUGCAGUUGUCAGAAAUGACCAGAGAUUUUCCAUCUGUCACAAAAAUCUGGCUUCGUAAAUAUGCAAGUGAAGAAUACUCCAGAAGAAUACAAAUAUUCUUUUUCCUUAUGGCCAAUGAGAAUUCAACAUUGACUAAAGAUAUUAAUACCUUUUUGGAUUAUCUCAAAAACAUUUCCAGAGGAGGUGAUUCUCACAUUGACCUUAUUGCUCAACUGGUAAACCAAGAACAGUCAACUAAUUUCUCGGUUGCUAGUAGGUUGCUUUUGAAAAGCUUCCUAGUUAAUGCAAUCAAUAACUUAGCUGCAGGCUCUCAACAAGCAGCCUGGAACUUAAGUGACACUGACCUUCAGGUCCUGAAUCUCAUUAACCUCACCUUGAACCAGACACCGUUAGAGAAGGGUGAGAGAAUACUUCUCCCUCCAGGAGGCAUGGUGGAGUUCAUGGGACAGCUUUUGAAAACAUUCUUUACCUUUGUAGAAAAGGAAAAUUCUGAGAACAAAACAUCUCUUUUGUUGAAAGACCUCCACAACAUGUUUGCAGAGAUAAGCUUUGUCCCAAAGGAUAAAGUUUUAGAAAUUCUGAAAAUAGACCAAUUUCUUACCUCCAUGAAAGAAAAGAAAUUGAUGAGCAUUUUUUCAAGGUUAAAGGAGACCAUAAAUCACCUAAUCAAAGGAUGGUUUAUGCCAGAUCACACAGACUUUUAUUUUGAUAAUUACCGAGGAUGGAAGUUCCUGCGAGAUUUAUUUAAUGCUCUUCUAAGUAAAACUUCUGUGAAAAAUAAGACUGAAAAGAACUUGGAGAUUCUUACCCAGGUAAGUCAGUUGUUUUUCCACCUGAAUAGUUCUGCAAACCUGUCCAGUUCUGCAAACCAGCUCAGCCACCAGCUCCAGGCAGCUCUCCGCCUCCUGCGAGAAGCCUCAGCAGAAAUGGCGGCCGUUAUGGAUUCUCUUUUCAACUCUCCCAGGGAGGACUUCCGUGCCUCGUGUCCUUCACUCCGAGAGGCCAUGUUUGCUAACCUAACCAACCUGCUUUCCUUCAUGAGCCAUUCAUUCCCUCUAAGAAACAUAGCGGCAUUAGACAUCACUAAGAGACUGCUUGGUGUUAUCUCAAGAGCUGGCGGAGGAAGUCCCGUCUGGGAACCUCUCUUGGAAAUGUCUGGGACUCUAGGCAUGCUGGUGAGCGCAACUGUGGAAAUGCAGGAUCUGGCCGCGUCUGUGAACUCCACGGUGGAGCUGCUCCAGCUUGCCAAGAAAGUUUCGAGGAAGAUGGCCACUGUUUUUGAAACUCACCAUGUCUCGGGCACCAGUGGCACUAUAAAAUUCUUUGAUACUCUGUAUUCCAUUUUGCAACAGAAUGUUGGAAAUGUUGUGAAUGAAAUAACUGCUUUGAAAAAAGGGGAUCAGUUAGUAUUUGAAAAUAUCAAUGACUUGUUGAUGCCACUUCUGGACUUGGCCUUUGGGAUGAAUGGCAUCAAACCUAACAUUUCCCAAGACUCUGGUAUUUUCAGAAUGUCAUCUAGCAUACUAUCCUAUGUGAACCAGUCCAGAGAGUUUUCUGAUAUUUCAGAAGAAAUUGCUGAAUUUUUAACUUCUGGAGAAAUCAAUUUGGGAGACAUGGAACAUCUUCUGGUAGCGAUUAAUAAUGGAACUCAAAUAUUUUCCCUGGAUUCUGUCAACGUAUGGGAAGAAAUCCUAGAUUGCUUAAUUUCUAUAAAUAACAUCACCAAGCAGAUAGACUUCCUAUGUCCGAAUCCAGUUUCCACUCAUGGUUUCCCUCAGGAUGCUCGAGAAAUGGCGCUGGUUUUGGAUGAAUUGCUGUCACGAGACCGCACAGAGGUAGGGCCCUACUGGAGAAUGGUGACUGACCUGGCCGUCGCUCUUUGGAGUCCCUUAGAGAAGGAUGACUUGAAUGUUUCUAAUCUGUGGCUGACGCUGGCUCCGCACGCAGACACCCUUUUGGAAGCCGCGGGAACAGUUGAGGAGUUCGCCCAUGGAGGCCACGGGCGUGGAGCCCCUGCUUUCAGCUCCCCUCUGAUGCGGGCGGCGACUCAGCUCCUGGAGGAAGCCGCCCGGAGCGCGCUCAGUGGGGCAGCUCUCCUGAGGAAAGGGCUUCUCUUGAACAACCCUCAGGGGGUAAGUUCCACCAGAACGGUGCUCCAGCCCGUCUUGGAGAUGUUCCUUCAUGCAGCCGCUGGAAAGAACAUCCCACCAGGAAGAGGAGAGAAGGCCGAGAGAGAGAGGAUGAUCGUUGCUGACAGCCUCACCCCAUCACCCUGGUUUGAGAACUGUGUGAAGGGGUUAAUUGCAUUAACUGAGUCCUGGCAGGAAGUCCUGGCAGAUGAGAGGUAUUUACAGCUAACUCGCUGUUUUCCUCUCAGCAGCUGUACAGGGGAGCAGGCCGGAGCACAUGUGAGGGUAAAAGACCUGGUGAAGAACAUCACCGCCUUCACCGAGGAGCUCCGAUCUGCCCACCUCUCACCUGAAGCCAUCAGCAGUAUUUUGGAAGCAAAUAUUUCCUGCUCACAGGUCCUGUCCGGCGCCCUGACGCUGGCUCUGUCCGGGAGAUGUGACCAGGAUGUGCUGCGUCUCCUGCUGGCCUCGCCUGAGGACGGGAAGGCGCGGUUGGCCGCUAAGGAGCUGUGCGGCCUGCCCGGGGCCAGCGUGUACUCUCUGCUUGCGUCUGUGAGUCGCCACCUGGACCUGCGCAGCUUCGUUUACAAGACGCUCAUGCCAGCUGAGGCCCAGGGUGUGCUCAGCUCCCUGCUGGCCGUCGUCUCCAGGCUCAGCCACCUGCUCCCCAGGGCCAGCCACGUCCUGGAACACCUGCCCCAGUUUCUCCACACGCCCAACAUCAUGGCCUUGCUGGACCUGCCCGCCGCUCGGCAGGCUUCCCCCGGGGCCCCGGCCUCAAGCUCAGCCCUUGGCUCCUUCCAGGCUGUGGUGACGAUGGUGUGCCAGGAGCAAGAGUCCUUUCUUAGCAACUCUAACAUGUUCCUUAACCUGCCCAGAGUUAACGAGCUCCUGGAAAGUGACAAAGAAAAAUUCAACAUUCCUGAAGACUCAACACCGUUUUGCUUGAAGCUUUACCAGGAAAUACUGCGGUCUCCAAACGGCGCUCUGGUGUGGGCCUUCCUGAGGCCGGUGUUACACGGGAAGAUCCUGUACGCACCCAGCACCCCGGAGGUGGAUGAGGUCAUCCGGAAGGCCAAUCACACGUUCGUGUAUGUGGACAAGCUGAGGGCUUUGUCAGAGACGCUGCUGAGUGUAGCCAGCAGCUCCCAGAGCGGUGGGCGCGGCCGGACGCUGGGGCAGCUGCAGGAAGUCCUGAGAAGCAAGUUUAUAAGAAACUUUGUGGAAAGCCAGUUACACAUCAACGUAGACAAACUGACUGAGAAGCUGCAGACGUAUGCAGGGGGCCUGGGCCAGAUGCUGAGCCGCUUGGGCACCGCAGACCUCCUGUCCCUGGGCCCCGCGCUGGUCAACCUGUCCUCCUGUGUGCUGCUGGACCGCUUCCAGGGGCUGCCGUCCGCCGCCGCCCUGGAGGCCGCCGCCCCCGGGCUCAUGCGGCAGAACCGCCUCCUGGCCAGCGUCAUCUUCAACACCUCCGGGCGCCGGCGCUCCGGCCCGCACGCGCCCCCGCUGCCGCCCCGCGUGGCCUACACCAUCCGGACCAGCCUGCUGUACAGCGUGCAGACGGACCAGGCCGAGAACCCCUUCUGGAAGUUCCACCCCCAGAGCCUGCCGGCCGACGGCUUCAAGUACAACUACGUCUUCGCCCCGCUGCAGGACAUGCUGGAGCGGGCCCUGCUCCGGGUGCAGACCAGGCGGGAGAACGUGGGGCCCUCCGCGCAGGCGCAGCCCAUCCCGUACCCCUGCCACAGCAGCGACCUGUUCCUGAACCACGUGGGCUUCUUCCUGCCCCUGAUCAUGAUGCUGACGUGGGUGGUGUCUGUGGCCAGCAUGGUGCGAAGGCGGGUGUACGAGCGGGAGAUCCAGAUGGAAGAGUACCUGCGCAUGAUGGGGGCGCCCCCGGCCGCCAGCCUGCUGGCCUGGUUCCUGGAGAACAUGGCUGUGGUGGCUGUGGGCAGCGCUGCGCUGGCCGUGGUGCUGAAAGCCAGCGGCAUCUUCGCACACAGCGACGCCCUCAUCCUGUUCCUCUUCCUGCUGGCCUUCGGGGUGUCGGCGGUCACGCUGAGCUACCUGCUGAGCGCGUGCUUCAGCCGCGCGGCCCCGGCCGCACUCUGCGGCAGCCUGCUGUACCUGGCCAGCUUCCUGCCCUACAUCGUGCUGCUGGUGCUGCGGGGCCGGCUCAGCGCGCCCGCCCAGAUGCUCCUGUGCCUCCUCUCCACGACCGCCUUUGGACAAGGAGUGUACUUCGUCACGUUCCUGGAAGGGCAGGAGGCAGGGGUCCAGUGGGGCAACCUGUACCAGCCUUCGGAGCAGGCAGGCCUGGCGCUCGGCUGGGUCUGCGUGAUGAUUCUGGUCGACUCGGGCCUUUACUUUCUAUGUGGCUGGUACCUGAGCAACUUGGUUCCUGGCGCCGUGGGCUUUCGGAAGCCGUGGUACUUCCCCUUCACGGCCUCCUACUGGAGGGGCGCGCGAGGCCUGGCCACCCGGAGGCCGUGCGCCCGCGGCUCCGGGCCGCUCUCCCUCCGUGAGGACGCCGGGCACACAGGGUCAUUGCCUCAGCGUGGGAACGGGGAGCGGGAAGGAGGCCCCCCUGGUGUCACCCUGGUGUCCGUGACCAAGGAGUACCAGCCCCACCGGGCGGCUGUGCGGGACCUGACCCUCACCUUCCACAGAGGCCAGAUCACCGCCCUGCUGGGGGCCAACGGCGCCGGGAAGACCACCAUCAUGUCGCUGGUGACAGGGCUGCAGGCGCCCACCUCUGGGACCGUCCUCGUCGACGGCAGGAACGUGCACACGGACUUGGCCGCGGUCAGGAAGGAGCUGGGGGUGUGUCCUCAGCGCGACGCCCUGUGGGACCGGCUCACCGCCCGGGAGCACCUGCUGCUCUUCGCAGCCAUCAGGUCGCCGCAGUGGAGCCGGGCGGAGCGGCGGCAGCAGGUGGACCAGGCCCUCCGGGACGUGGGGCUGAUGCCGCACCAGCACCAGCAGGCCCGCGCCCUGUCCGGAGGCCUGCGGAGGAGGCUGUCCAUCGGCGCUGCCUUCCUGGGCUCCCCGCGGACCGUGGUGCUGGACGAGCCCACCAGCGGGGUGGACCCCUGCUCCCGGCGCAGCAUCUGGGACAUCCUGCUCCGGUACCGAGAAGGUCGGACAAUCAUCCUCACCACCCACCACCUGGACGAGGCGGAGGCGCUGAGCGACCGCGUGGCCGUGCUGCAGGGGGGCCGGCUGCGCUGCUGCGGCGCCCCCCUGGGCCUGACCGAGGCCUACGGCCGGGGCCUCCGCCUGACACUCACCCAGCAGCCCUCCCCUCCGGAGCGGGACGGCCCGCCGGACGCGGCUCCCACCACGGCCCUGAUACAGACCCACGUCCCAGGAGCGUUCCUCAGGGCCCGCAGCGGGCACACGCUGACCUACGCCCUCCCCGAGGACGCCGACCGAGCUGCCUUCCGGGGGCUCUUCCGGGCGCUGGAGCAGGACCGGCGCCGCCUGCGUCUGGCGGGCUGCGGGCUCGCAGACGCCACCCUGGAGGAGGUGUUUCUGACGCUUCUGCACGAUCCCAGCGAUCCCAGCGAGCAGUUGGAUGCGGCCCCAGGGACAGGGCUGGAGGUGCAGCGCCCGAGGCCUCCGGGGCCCACGCCCAGCUACCACUACGGCGCCCCUGCCAGCGCCCUCACGCAGGUGGCCGCCCUGCUGACCCAGAGGCUGUGCCGCACGCGCCGGGCCUGGCGGGGCGCGCUCUGUGACCUGCUGCUGCCCGUCCUCUUCGUGGCCUUGGCCAUGAGCCUGUUCCUGGUGAGGCCUCUGGCCACCGACUACCCUGCCCUCCAGCUCACGCCCGGCCGCUUCGGCAAAGCCGAGACCUCCUUCUUCAGCAGUGACAGCGAUGGCAUGGAGCUGGCCCGCGUGCUUUUGCGAGCCUUUGAAAAUGGGGAGCAGCCCUGCGCCAGCCUCGGACCCGGCCUGACGAACGCCUCCUGUUGGCGUCCGGAGCCCCCGUCUCGCCCCGGGGCCCCGGGUUCCUGCGGCUGCAGGCGCUGGCAGAGCUGCCCCAACGCCAGUGCCCGGGCCCCCGCCCUGACCGACCGCCGGGGCCACACGCUGCUGAACCUGUCGGCCGUCCGCCCCGAGGAGUACCUGCUGGCGCCCGCGGAGAGCCCCAGGCUCGGGGGCUGGUCUUUCGGAGGGCGAGGCCCGGAUCCUGCUCAAGAGGCACACUCACACCGGCCAAAACCAGAACGCCUGGCCAAGGUGUGGUACAGCCAGAAGGCCUUCCACGCCCUCCCCGCCUACCUGAACCACCUGAGCAACCUGCUCCUGUGGAGGCUCCUGCCACCGGCCGAGGACUGGACACAGUACGGAAUCACGCUCUACAGCCACCCGUACGGAGGGGCCCUGCUGAACGAGGACAAGAUCCUGGAGAGCGUCCGGCAGUGCGGCGUGGCCCUCUGCAUCGUGCUGGGCGUCUCCGUGCUGGCCGCCGCCAUCGGCAGCUCCGUGGUCAGGGACCGGGUGAGCGGGGCCAAGCGGCUGCAGCACCUGAGUGGCCUGGGCUACGGGGCCUACUGGCUCUCCCACUUCCUGUACGACAUGCUCUUCUACUUGGUCUCCGUCGGCCUGUGUGUCGCCGUGGUCGCGGCCUUCAGAUUGCCGGCCUUCACCUUCCGCGAGAACCUGGCGGCCACCGUCCUCCUGCUGGUGCUGUUCGGGUACGCGACCCUCCCAGGCAUGUACCUGACGUCCCGGCUCUUCCCCAGCGCCGAUGGGGCCUUCAUCGCCUACGUCUCGCUGCACUUCGUGCUGGGCCUCUGCACGCUGCUCAUGACCACCAUGCCCCGGCUGCUGGCCGUCGUCACCGGGGCCCAGAACCUGCAGGCCAUCUACGAGGUCCUCAAGUGGGUCUUCACGCUGUUCCCCCAGUUCUGCCUGGGCCAGGGCCUGAUCGAGCUCUGCUACAACCAGAUCCAGUUUGACCUGACCCGCGGCCUGGGCGUGGACACCUACGCCAGUCCCUUCCGCAUGAGCUUCCUGGGCUGGGUCUUCGUGCAGCUGGCCGCGCAGGGCACGGCGCUGCUGCUGCUGCGGCUGCUCCUGCACGGGGACAUGGUGCGGAGGGCCAGGAGGCACUCAGCCGUCCAGGGCACCGUCACGGCCUGUGGGGAUGCGGACGUGGAGGCGGAGCAGGCGCGGGUGCUGAAGGGGAGAACCGGUGGGGACCUGCUGGUGCUCUGCAACCUCAGUAAGAGCUACGGGUGCCGCCGGCCAGCUGUGCGGGAUGUGACCCUGGGCCUGCGGAGCGGAGAGUGCUUCGGGCUCCUGGGCGUGAACGGGGCCGGGAAGAGCACCACGUUCAAGAUGCUGAGCGGGGACGAGGCCCCGAGCGCAGGGCACGCCGUGGUCAGGACGCCCGCGGGGGAGGCGGUGCCUCUGUUCGCGGCGGGAGCAGCCGGCGUGCGCGUGGGCUACUGUCCGCAGCAGGACGCGCUGGACGGGCCGCUGACGGGCUGGGAGCACCUGCGCUACUACUGCCGCCUGCGGGGGGUCCCAGGGCCCCGCGUCCCCCAGGUGGCCGGGGACCUGGUGAGGCGCUUACACCUGGAGGCCCACGUGGACCAGCCGGUGGCCACCUACAGUGGAGGCACCAGGCGGAAGCUGUCCGCAGCCCUGGCCCUGCUGGGCAAGCCCCACCUCCUCCUGCUGGAUGAGCCCAGCUCCGGGAUGGACCCCCGCUCGAAGCGGUUCCUGUGGAAGGCGAUCACCGAGGAGGUUCGGGAGGGCUGUGCCGUGGUGCUGACCUCGCACAGCAUGGAGGAGUGCGAGGCCCUCUGCACGAGGCUCGCCAUCAUGGUGGACGGCAGCUUCCGGUGCCUAGGCACCCCCCAGCACAUCAAGGACAGGUUCGGGGCCGGCCACACCGUUCGCGUGGGGCUCAGUGCGGGAGGAAGUCAGCGCGAGCUCUCGGAGCACCUGCAGCGCCGCUUCCCAGGAGCCCGGCUUAAGGGGCGGCGCCCGAACGUGCUGGAGUACCAGGUGCCCGCGGACUGGGCCGGCCUGGCCGACCUGCUGCAGGAGCUGGAGGACAGCAAGGCCGCCGGACGCAUCCGUCACUACGCCCUGGCCCCGGCCUCGCUGGAGCAGGUGUUUGUGGACUUUGCUGCUGAGCAGCAGCCGGCUCCUCCAGCCCCUCCGGAGCCUCCCGCCCGGGGCCACCAGCCACCGCCCCUGCCUGUCUGAGCCCAGGACGCUGCUUCAGAGGAAGGAGACUCCCAGGCCUCAGGCCUCAGGCCAGCGCAGGGAGCUGGGGACACCAGGCCUGGGGCGCCCCUGUCCCUGCAUUUUCCACUCUAACCUCUGUCAGUAACAACCAAGGCUUGGGCGGCUCCUCCAACACAGCCAUCCCUGUGUGAGCUGGGGGCAGGGGGAACCUCCUUGGUGAGGCAGGUGUGCGUGAGUUCUCAGAUGGCUGGGCGCUGGAGAGGCCCAGGGAGGGCUCUCACACACUUCCCUUCCCAGCCCGAGGCCCGAGGCCACGCCCCUCCAGCCUGUGAGGCCGAGGCCACGCCCCUCCCAGCCAUGAGGCCUUGAGGCCCCGCCCCCGCCCAGCCUAUGAGGCUUUGAGGCCCCGCCCCCGC